AUGAGUAGUCUGUAGUUUUGACGAGUACGUCCUUGUCUGUAAGUAAAUUGAAUUCAUUUUACUGUACGUAUUUCGGUUGAUGAUAAUUGUCUUUUCCUAUAAGGUCAUGUUCCAAAGGCUAUAUGUAUCUUGAUUGUGGCAUUAGUAUUUCACAUUCUCACAUUAUGGAAGGAACUUCUCGAACACUUCCUUAUACCAUAAAAUCAAUUGGUCUACUUGGUAGUCAUGUUCUUAGUAGGAAUCCAAAAUUCAUGGUUUUAGCAGUAGAUCUAGGAAGGGAAUUGGUAAGACCAAAAAUUAGGCUUACCUAUGGAGGAGGCAAUGUUGGCCUUCAAGGAGUUGUUGCUUCAACAGUCUUUAAUAAUGGUGGUAGAGUCAGAGGUUUCAUACAGGGGCAUAUAGCAUCACGAGGGGUCUAUGGACCAACAUAUGGUAUAGAGUACACAGUUUCCAGCACCUAUUGUAAGUAUUUCGAGAUGAAUCAUGUUGUGGAGGAUUUUAUCGUACUUCCCAGAGGCGUUGAUACUAUCGAAGGUUUGUUCACCUUAAUCUCAUGGGCAUCUGAAGGGUUGCAAAGCAGGCCUAUUGGUCUCUUAAACAUUGAUGGUUAUUUUAAUAACCUAAUUGAAUUUCUAGAUAAUGCAGUGAGGCAAAACUUCAUGGCCUCCAGCCAGAGGAAACUUUUCAUUUCUUCUUUCUUUGUUGAUGAGCUUUUAGACAAGCUAGAGUUUGCUAAGGCUUUCCCAGGUCCUGGUGCUAGUUAUGACGAGUUUGCAAAUCCUGGAAGACUAGACUUAGAAUUGUAUCUGUAAUAUUUCCAUGUUGAAAUAAUUUGUCCAUGUACAUUAUGCGUUAGUCACAAAUAUCGUUCUAAGCUAAUCACGUACUAAAACUUAUAGUGAGUAAGAAAUUUAUACCUUUCUCCGUAAGCGGUAAAAACGAAGGAGUCGUAGAAAGAGCGUUGAAAGUGCAAACGUAACCGUUCAAGCGUCCGGUCUCCAACUUUGACACACGAACAACGCCGGAGUCUACCACAAUCUUUAUGCUAGUAAAGAUUAUAGUAGUAUAAAAUAUAAAGAUUAAAAUUGGGAUAAUAAUAAUCUUGUAUAUUUCUAUAGAAAAUAUUUCUAAUAAUAUUUAGAAAAUAUU